UAAAAUAAGCGCUGGGGCAUGGCCGGGCAGGCCAAGGAAGUAAUUUAAUUGAUUGGCGCUACCAACAUGCCAGUUACAAUUUUUCUCUGGGUUCUGUAGAAGCAUUUACACUACAAUCUACAAUGUGCAGUGGUAUUGAAGAAUGAACCAAUAGAAUUCAUUGGACAUUUGGUGUAGUAGUUGUGUUGUGUGUCUGUUGCUUUCGCUCUUUUAUGCAUUACCGGGACGGGACGAUUACUACAGUUAAAUUGCGAUCUUGCCUUGCAAUGGCGAUUUGCGAGUGUAUCUUGAAACUACAUUAGUGUUUAUUAUUAUAAAAUACCACUUUGUGAUUUGUGAACCACAAACAAUUUCAAUUAAAGUUUAAACGUAAAUCAUUAAAUACUUAACUAUAGUUAUGUCUCGGAGUAGUGGUGAGGAUAUUAUGUUUAUAAAGAAUCCAUAUGUGUCAACAUAAUAAAGUGAACAAUUCUCCGAGUUCGAAUUUUUAGGAGCCAUUUACACAUGGCGAGAAGUCACGUACUCUUUAAUAGUGAAAUGAUAAUUGUUGGUAAACCGUGAAGGAAAAUAUAUUUUUGAGUUCCUAUUAUCAACAAUAGAAAUGGAUAGUAAGAAUAUUCAAAAAAAUGCGAUGCAAAAAAGUGCAGAGUUUACUUUUACUCCGCCACCCGAGGCACCCGUAUUUGAGCCUACGCUUGAAGAUUUUGCGGAUCCGUUAGGCUAUAUCGCUAAAAUUCGCCCUGUUGCUGAAAUAACUGGAAUUUGUAAAAUAAAGCCUCCAGCGCGAUGGCAGCCACCUUUUUCACUAGACGUAGACAAAUUGAAAUUUGUACCACGAAUACAAAAAGUAAAUGAAUUGGAAGCCAUUACGCGAUUGAAAUUGUUAUUUCUCGAAAAAAUUUUAAAAUUUUGGGAAUUGCAGGGCUCUCCCUUAAAGAUACCUAUGAUUGAAAAUAAGACUUUAGAUUUAUAUUGUUUAAAGUUUUGGGUGGACGAAGAAGGUGGUUUCGAAAACUGUAAUACUCCGAAAAAAUGGCGUAAGAUUGCAAACUCAAUGGGGUAUAGUCAAAAUGCGAACACAAUGAAUUUUCUGAAAAUUAAUUAUGAAAAGAUUUUGCUUCCUUAUGACAUUUUUGAAAAAAGUAAAGCCGAUAUAUUGAAGACUGUAAAAAAGACUGAAACUAAAUCUGAAAUAAAAGAUGAUGGCGAUGCUUCGAAUCAUUCAUUUAAAGAAAUUUCAAUACAAAAUAUCACGGGUUAUAAAGGAGAUUGUAAAGAUAUGAUACCCCAUACAAGUAUUAAAAAAACUAAAACUGGCUCAGAUAUCAAAACUGAAGUGGAUAGUAAAAGUAUUUUGGAAACUGAGGAAGCUAAAUGUAAUAGGGAACUCAGAAGGCUAGCUUGUUAUGGACCUGGCCCUAAAAUGCCUGGUCUUAAUGAUGAAGAAUUUGAUAUAACAAAAUCAAGGAAACGGCCCAGAUAUGAUUUGGAUCCAUUGGCAAUUUAUGUAUGUGCUAUUUGUCAAAAAGACCACACUGAUAAUCUUUUGUUAAUAUGUAAUGGGUGUUCUGAUACUUAUCACACUUUCUGCUUGAAACCACCUUUAAAUACUGUCCCUGAUGGAGACUGGCGUUGUCCAUGUUGCAUUGCAGAAGAGGUGCAUAAGCCGGCAGAGGCUUUUGGAUUUGCUCAAGCUGAAAGAGAAUACACACUUCAACAAUUUGGAGAGAUGGCUGAUAAAUUUAAAUCUGAUUACUUUGGUAUGUCUGGCCAUCUAGUCCCAACAUCGGUUGCUGAAAAAGAAUUUUGGAGGAUAAUAUCAUCUGUUGAAGAAGAUGUUACAGUAGAAUAUGGUGCAGAUCUUCAUUCAAUGGAUCACGGUUCAGGUUUCCCAACAAAGUCUUCAUUAAAUCUUUAUCCUGGCGAUCAAGAGUAUGUAGAUUCUGGCUGGAAUUUAAAUAAUCUUCCUGUUUUGGAGGGUUCAGUGUUAAGAUUUAUUAAUGCUGAUAUUUCAGGCAUGACAGUUCCUUGGAUGUAUGUGGGCAUGUGUUUUUCUGCAUUUUGCUGGCAUAAUGAAGAUCAUUGGAGUUAUUCAAUAAAUUACUUACAUUGGGGUGAAGCAAAAACUUGGUAUGGUGUUCCGGGAAGUGGAGCUGAACUUUUAGAGACUGCAAUGAAGGCUGCUGCCCCAGAACUCUUCAAAUCACAGCCAGAUUUACUUCACCAGUUAGUCACCAUAAUGAAUCCUAACAUUCUGAUGGCAGCAGGUGUACCUAUUUAUAGAACUGAUCAACAGGCUGGUGAAUUUGUAGUUACAUUUCCCAGAGCAUAUCAUGCUGGUUUUAAUCAAGGCUAUAAUUUUGCAGAAGCAGUAAACUUUGCCCCACCUGAUUGGCUUAAAAUAGGUAGAGAGUGCAUUAUUCAUUACAAAAACCUGAAAAGAUUUUGUGUGUUUUCUCAUGAUGAACUUAUUUGUAAGAUGGCUUUGGAAGGUGAUCGUUUAGACUUGGAAACGGCUCUAGAGACCCAGAAGGAGUUAGUUAGGGCGACAGAAGAAGAAGGUAGGUUAAGAGCAAAGAUUGCAAGCAAAGGUUUGAAAAGUGUCCGGAGAACAGCAUUUGAGUUGCUAGGUGAUGAUGAGCGGCUUUGUGAGAUUUGUAAGACCACUUGUUUCCUGUCCUCAGUAUUAUGUACUGACUGUAAGCACAUGGCUUGUCUGCAACAUGCCACUGAUGCAUGCCAAUGCCCAUUGAAUAAAAAAACUCUUAACUAUAGGUAUGACAUGGAUGAAUUACAUAUUAUGUUGCAAACCCUUGACUUUAGGGUUAACAGUUUUGAUAAAUGGAUGUCGGAAACAAAGAAAAUGUUACUACCAACCGCCCCUGAUAUUGGCAGAGUGCAAAAGUUAAAAGUUUUGUUAGAUGAAGCAGACGAAUUGAAAAUACCAAAGUGUACACUAUUAACUCAGUUAAAGAAUGAAUAUACUGCAGCCACUGAAAAUGUUGAACCAAUUAUCAUUGAAUUAGAUGAUGAUUAAAAUAUACCAGUAUAUAUGUUAGUACAAAGUGAUUGUUCACUUUUAUAGAAUUAAAAUAGGUUGUUUUAUCACAAGUGUGUCAAUCACAGCAUUAGAUUAUUCUUCAAUUGUUUUUUAACAUUCUGGCAGCUUUGUA